AUGCCAACCACCCUCUUCACCCUCCCCCGCGAACUCCGGGACGAAGUUUACAUCUAUCUUGCCCAUUCCCCCAGCUUCACCUUCCUACUCGCCUGCCGCCAACUCAACGAAGAAGGCACACCCCUCCUCUACAAACACGGCACCUACCGCCUCCGCGCCCUGACCCUCCGCAAAGAACACCUGCCCGCGCCCCCCAAACCACCUCCGACCUCUCUGAUCCAAAACCUCCACAUCGCCAUGCCGCCGAUACAUUUCGGGCACCACAAAAGCCCCAACUACGAAAUCUCGCGCCGCACUACGGAAUCACUGAGCCAAUUCGGUGGCACCGACAUUCGGCGUCGGAUCUGUCAUUUCGAUCUGCAGGGGUGGACUCUCUCCGCAGGGAUGGCAAAGGUGUUGGGCGGUUUCCGCGGGUUCGACGUCGUGCGCGUGGAGGUACGGUUGAAGCCUUAUAGUGAUCACUAUAACGGAGGGAUCAGGCCGCACGAUGAGGAUCGCGCGGAUGAGGAGAGGGUUGACUGUGUGCGAUUGAUCGAGGAGAGACUUGGGACGGCGCUUGGGGAAGCCAAGUGGGAGAAGAAAGACUCCGGGACCUGUUUUGAAGAGGUUCUGGUUGCGGAGUUCCGGCCUUGUGGAUCAAGGCAAUGA